AUGCCACAAUGCUUUCGUAUUCGCUGCGGAGAUGCUCGCGGGUACACACGAGGAGUUAAAACGUCAAGGGAGGAUGCAGUAAAAAAUACUAGCGAGAGAAUGUUGGCGGUACCUUGGGAAGAGCAGAAGGCAAUGUGCUACACUGCCCACAACCAUAUCUUUGAUGCAAUUGACUCAAACCAAGAUGGCCACAUUUCCUUGGAGGAAUUCAAAGUUUACUUUCAUGUGCUUGCUCCUGAUACUUCUGAUGCCGAUAAACUCCUAUCGUUCAAUUUGAUUGAUGUGAAUCAUGAUGGCAAAUUAAGUCGUGAGGAAUUCCUCGAAGCCACACUAUUCGAAUAUCUGCAUGGAGUCCAAGAAACGAAACUGUCGAAAGUAUUUUAUGGACCAUUAUUGUCGUAA